GUGUGUGUAAACAUUUGGAAAUAACUUUUUUCAUACAAAAAUGCCUAAAUCAUACAUUUCAUUGAUUGGAAAACAAAUGAAACUGUGCCGACGUGAAUAUUUCAUCAUGUCUUCAGGCACAGCCACUAAAAAUGGAACCGUCCAAGGAUUAGCUGCCAAGGCGCCAUGGACGGACGAACAAGGCAUCGCGGUAAAAAUAUACGAGGGUGUGGUGACCACCUUGGAGAUAUUACUGCUGCUUGUCAAAAUGUGGGUGUCAUGGAUAUACGCCAUGUACCAGCUCGUCGUACCACCCGUGCCGAAGAGUGUCGAAGGAGAGGUUAUUCUGAUCACAGGCGCCGGCCACGGCAUGGGCCGCGAGGUGGCGCUGAGGUUCGGGAAGCUGGGAGGAGUCAUCGUGUGUGUAGAUAUUAAUGCCGCCGGCAACCAGGAAACCGUGGACGCCAUCAAGGCUAACAGAGGGAAGGCGCACCGAUAUGAGUGUGACGUAACAGACAGCAAAGCGGUGACCGCAUUGGCGGAGCGCGUGCGCCGCGAGGUUGGUGACGUCACGAUGCUGGUCAACAACGCCGGGAUCAUGCCCUGCAAGCCUCUGUCGCAGCACAGCGAGAAGGACAUCAGGACCAUGAUGGAAGUCAACGUUAUGGCGCACUUCUGGAUGCUCCAGACCUUCCUGCCAUCAAUGAUGGAGAAGAACCACGGCCACAUCGUAGCCAUGUCCUCGAUGGCUGGCAUGCUUGGCCUCCGCAACUUGGUGCCGUACUGCGCGUCCAAGUUUGCAGUUAGAGGCAUGAUGGAAGCUCUGCAUGAGGAGUUGAGGGAGGACUCUAAGGAUUAUAGUGGAAUCAAAAUCACCGUAAUCUGCCCAUACAUUGUGGACACGGGCCUGUGCAAAAACCCCAAGAUCCGCUUCCCCACACUGAUGAAGAUCGUCACGGCUGACGAGGCGGCAGACAACAUCGUCGACGCCGUGAGGAGGAAUUACUCCGAAAUCACCAUUCCUAGCUCCUUAUUCUAUGUUAACUCGUUCCUACGACCGCUGCCUAAAUGUGUCCCACUUCAUCUCAAAGACUUCUUGGACUCUGGUUUGGAGGCUCAAUAAUUAAAUUAAGUGUUGAUUAAGUUUAAAUGAGACUUCAGCUAACAAGCUCAAAUACAUUUAUAAACUUCAAGUAAGGUACUCCUCUUUGUCCAAUGUGCAUUACCUCACUAUCUCAAUGCUCUAUAUCUUUCUCACAAAAUGUGAGACGCAAAUAUUUAGACAUUGGGCCAAAAUAUUGGACAGAUGGAAUACCAUACCAUUCUAAGACAAAUAAAUGAUGCCAUCAACUAUUUGUUUAAACUAUUGGUGUUGGAGUUGAUAAUAUGGAUCGUAAAUAUCGUGAUAGCAACGUUAGAUGAUAACUGGUACUGUAAACCUCAAUUGCUUUAGCUCUAGGAGGAAGCAAUGACCCAUAGAAUUGUACCUAUUUAAAUAUCAAGGCCUUGAAACUACCAUUACGGUGGAGUAUGUUUAAUUUUUUGCAUAAAUUUCUUCAAGAAAGCAACAUAAUCAACUUUGGUAACAAAUCAAAUUAUUUUUAUCAAAUAUUUUGAUUAGCGUUUUUAAGUAGUCACAAAUAAAUACUAUAAAUAAUUAAGUAUAAACUGACAUAUAUAUAGAUGUCAUAUAUUACCUACAGAAAAAGUGACGAAGCCCUCCAGAGGUGGCCAGUUCAUAUCUGGCCUUCACUAUGUAAUGUAUUGGAGGGCUUCCUUACUUUUUCUUUUAUAUAUGACAUCUAUAUCAGUUUAUAAAGCAACAUACCAUUAGCAACUUUACGGGGUUACUCUUAGAGCUACAAUAAGCACGAUUUAGCACGAUAUACAUCUGAGCGUUAUUCUUAUAGAACCAAACAUGACUAUAAUGGGUUCUCACGAACCAUAUUUUAAGUUAAACUCUAGGAUAACGUAUGGUUGGAUAUUAUUAACUGAUAUUAUGUGUGAUGUGAUUUUUUUUAAAUAGCACGUUCUGGAAUAAUUUCAAAGAAAGACUAUAUAAGUUACUUAUAAAUUACUAUGCAAAGUUUUUAACUAACUUUCAAAUACCAGUGAGUUAAUUGUGUAACAUUAGUGAUAUAAAGGUUAAUUGUGAUGAAAUGUGGUAUUUGUUUCGAAUUUUUACAUGAAGCUUUAUGGCUCUUCUCACUCACUGUCACUGUGUGUCUCACUUUCAUAAAAAUGAAAUGAAAAAUUCUACCACCGACAUUAAGAAUCUUAAACAAAUCACAUUAUAGCAUUUAGUAUAAUGAAAUGGGUCCAUUAAUGUAUGUAUUUAUAAUGUUUAGAAACGUCGUACCUACACAUAAGUAUAUCUGUAAUUUGUGUUGUCGGAAGUCAUACAUCAUAAAUACAAAAUAACAUAAUGAAUACAUCAUGAAGAAGAUAAGAGUGAUAUUUAUUUAAUUACACAAACGGGUCUACCGCGAUAUAAUUUCAUUGUUUGACCAAUGACCACAGAUUGACCAGUCUUUCCGUGACCACAGCUGGUGCAACUCAGCUGAAACAUAGGAAUUUAAGGUAAAAACAAUGUAAUUAUGUCGCGGUAGACCCGUUUGUGUAGUUAAAUAUGCGUACAAAACGCGAGAGUUUAAAAUGUUAUAAGAGUGAUAUUAUUUAGUGCCUUAGAUGGCCCGGUUGUAAGUACCUAAUUAAUUGUUAUAAUUGUUUGUUUGGGCAUAAGUAGAUAUAUAGCAAUAAGAUAUUAAUUAACUAUCAUCACAAGAAUCAAUUAUUUUUGUAUAUUAUUCCAUAGCAAUAUGUCAAAGUAUAUAUAUGCAAUAAUAGUAUACUUAUGUGGGUAUGUGUAUGAUGUGCCAUGUGACUUGAAAUAUACAGGGCGUAACAAAUAUAGUGGGAAUUCGUUUAAGGGUAUAUCGGUAUCGUGUUCUGAUUAGGAAAAAGUAGAAGAAAAAUUCCAUCAAAAAGCCAAUUUUUCGCGUUAAUUAGAUUUUCCUUCUACUUUUUCCUGAUUGGAACACGACACCGAAUAUGCCCUUAAACGGAUCCCAACAAUUUUUGUUACACAUUCUAUAAAAUAGGAUAACUUUGGAAGUAAAGAACGAACCAUUUGGUAACAAUUUUACGGGUUUAUCAACUUUCUUAAGAUGGGAUACGCAAUGGAUGAAACGCACAAUAGAAAUAUUUUUACAGUAGGUACAUAUGGUCCUAUUUUCCCGCACUAGUGCGUAAAAUAGCACUUUUCGUGCGAUGUCCAAAGUUUAAAGGGCCAUAUUGACUGUAAAACGUUGUACGAUACACGUGCGAAUAGGUAAUUCGCAACUCGUGUCGAUUUAAAACACUCCCUUCGGUCGUGUUUUAAUUUAUCGCCACUCGUUUCGAAUUUCCUCUUUUUCGCACUUGUAUCGUAAAUAACUAUUUACUUACAAUUUUGUCCUAGCUUGCCUUAUUAUUUCAACAAAAUUACUUUUUAUUUCUAAAGUGAUAUUUGUUUUUAAUCACUUGUAAAUAACGUUGGUCAAGCAGAUCUUGUCAGUAGAAAAAGGCGGUAAAUUUGAAAAACGUAGGCGCGAAGGGAUAUCGUCUCACAGAAAAUUUUAAUUUCGCGCCUUUUUAUACUGACAAGAUUUGCGUGACCAUCUAUAGAUAAGUUAGGGUUUGUAUAUUAGUUUUGAAUGGGAAUUUUAAUAUACAAGUAGAAGAAAAUUAAAAA